AUGACGUUUGUGAUCAGACCGGCAACUUGUGCAAAGAGCAUCCAACCAUUCCCGGAAUAUGCGCAAAAUUUAACUGAAAACGACGUCCAUCACUCGAUAGUAGCGAAAAAGGGUAUAAAAAGUAAAUACCACAAGAAAAUGAAGAAGCAUGCGCACGCGCACACACGCACCGAGAGAAAGAAAUUUAAGUACCAACAUCACAACGAAGUGAAUGCGAGAGGCACAGACAGUCCGCACGGACGGACGUACAUGCAAAUGAAGUACGCCAACACGAACGAGAUCAAUUGGGGCGAUACCAACACUUACCCCAGCUUCAGCGGGACUGACAGCUUCAUACACAUUGACGACGAUGAGACUGUCAAAAGGUUGGUGAGCUACUCGCUGGACAUCAACAUCCGUUUCCGCAGCGUGUCGCCGCACGGGCUGGUGGUGUGGAGCGGCCGCUCGGCGCGCGCGCCGCCUUAA